UGACACAAAAUGCUGGAGCCCGCAGUUCUGCUAAUCCUGGCAGCUCCCAACACCCAAAAAGAACCAGGUCGCCCCCUACACCAUCAACUAAUGAAGAAUUAUUGAGAAAUUCCAGUCAAGGUGUAUCUGGGAGACCCACAGCAUCUCCUCACAUAUGGGGUAAUCAGCCAGGAUCCUUUGUCAGCAGUUCCCAAUCAUAUGUUGCUAUGCAAAAUGAUGGAUCCAGCAUUUCUGCUAGGCCUGACAGUUCUCAACAGCCAAAAAGAAACAGGUUGCCCUCUUCAUUACCCACAAAUGAAGAGUUACUGAGAAAUUCUAGUCGAGGUGUCACUGGAAGACCCACAGUAUCUCCUCCUAGAAGGGGUAAUCAGCUAGGAUCCUUUGUCAGCGGUUCCCAAACUCAUCAAGUGCCCUCCACAGUUGCAUCCUAUGUUGCAACGCAAAAUGAUGGAACCGGCAUUUCUGCUGGGCCUGACAGCUUUCAACAGAUAAAAAGAACCAGGUCGCCCUCUUCAUCACCUACAAAUGAAGAUUUAUCAGGAAAUUAUAGUCAAGGUGUCACUGGGAGAUCUGCUUUAUUCCCCUCUGGCUGGGGUAGUCAGGCAAGGUCGCCUGUCAAAGAGACUAAUUCACAUACUCAAGAAGGCCCCUCUUCACUUGGAACUCAUGUAGGUUCUCACACUGGUGGAACCAGGUUGCAGGCCAAUCUUAGCAACCAGGUACUGAGACAGAACAGGGAUCCUCCUUUUCCAUCUAAAAAUGAAGCUUUUAAUGGAAAGUCUCAUCCCAUUCAAGAUGCAAAUACCACUACUGAGAGAGAGCUACAAGCGAAGGCAAAGCGGCUGGCACGCUUCAGUGUCGAGCUAAGCCAAUCGGUGCAAAAUGCUGAUGAUCUUAAAAAGCACAAGUCUUCAGGGAACAGACAUGAUCAAUCUCCGGUGCAUAGACGGAAGUUUGUUCCGGAGCAUCCCCUUGAAGCAGCAGGGGACUUCUCUAAUGGCAGCAUUUUACCUGAUUCUGAAGACUUGUUGUCUUCCCAUGCUAUAAUUGGGUUAUGUCCUGAUAUGUGUCCAGAUUCAGAAAGGGAGGAGCGUGAGAGGAAAGGAGAUCUGGAUAAAUAUGAACGCUUGGAUGGAGAUAGAAAUCAAACUACCGAAUUCCUUGCUGUAAAGAAGUAUAAUAGGACAGCUGAGAGGGAAGCAGACUUGAUUAGACCCAUGCCAGUCUUGCAGAAGACGGUUGACUAUCUUCUGGAUUUGCUAAAUCAGCCUUAUGAUAAUAGGUUUCUUGGCAUGUAUAACUUCUUGUGGGAUAGGAUGAGGGCGAUCCGGAUGGACCUCAGGAUGCAACACAUUUUCAACAGAAGGGCAAUAACCAUGCUGGAGCAAAUGAUAAGACUUCACAUCAUAGCCAUGCAUGAAUUGUGUGAAUACACGAAAGGUGAGGGUUUCUCUGAGGGAUUUGAUGCACACCUCAACAUUGAACAGAUGAAUAAAACAUCAGUAGAGUUGUUCCAAAUGUAUGACGACCACCGGAAGAAGGGAAUCGACAUGCCCUCAGAGAAAGAAUUUCGGGGCUAUUAUGCACUUCUCAAACUGGAUAAGCAUCCUGGCUACAAAGUUGAACCUGCAGAGCUCUCACUUGAUCUUGCAAAGAUGACUCCAGAGAUAAGGCAAGCCAUGGAAGUUUUAUUUGCCCGAGAGGUAGCAAGGGCUUGCAGAACUGGUAAUUUCAUUGCCUUCUUCCGGCUUGCAAGGAAAGCGACUUACCUCCAAGCAUGCCUAAUGCAUGCGCACUUUUCAAAGUUACGGACCCAGGCACUUGCAUCUCUACAUAGUGGUCUUCAGAAUAACCAAGGAAUACCUAUAACACAUGUUAGAAAAUGGCUUGGAAUGGAGGAAGAGGACAUAGAAGACCUCCUAGAGUACCAUGGAUUUUCAGUAAAGGAAUUUGAAGAAUCAUACAUGUUUAAGGAAGGUCCAUUUCUCAACAGUGACAGUGAUUACCCUACCAAAUGCUCAAAACUUGUUCACCUGAAAAGGUCGAGGAGCAUUCUUGAUGAUGUUGUUUCUUCCAAUUAUGUGGUGAAAUUGCCUGUGAAAGAACCCAAACAUUUCCCAGAAAAGAUGGCCAAGAUUGAACGGAAAGCUGUAGAAUUUGUUGAAAUGAAGGAUUCGGCUGAUGUUGUUGAUGAAGACAUGCCUGAUUUUGAAUCCAACACUACUCCAAGAGAUGGCUCUGCAGUACAGUCAAUGCUUAAAACAUCUACUGACCACCACUUGGGAAAUGUUUCUUUUGAGCCUUGGGUUAUCCCUGAAGUUGUUUAUCCUGAGACUCCACCAUCUAUGGUUGGAAGAGUUAGCAGUCCAGUCUCAGGUGCCAAUUUGAAUGAUUUUCUGAGAAGAAAUAUGCCUUCAAGUGUGAAAGAAAUGCCCCUGGUUGGUAGGGAUAGCACUCCAGUUUCAAAUGCUUUUUGGACUGAUUCUCUGGAAAGAAAUAUGCCUUCCAGUGUGAAAGAAACACCCCUGCAAACUUUGCCAGGGGAUCUCUCACAAGUUGAGAGAAAUCAGGGGUUACUUUUAGACACUGUGUUGUUGGAGGAUUCGGAAACUCAGGAAGAAGUAAUCAAACAGCUAGAGAAUAAAGAAAGUGUGGAUUAUCCUGAAGAAUUAGAAGGUGAAAAAGCUUUAGCAAUUCAACAGGAAGCUGAAGCUUUUCAGGCAAAACUUAAGUUGAUCCUAAGGAUAUGGAAGCGUCAUUCUUCAAAGAGAAGGGAGUUACGUGAGCAACGGAAAUUGGCAGCAGAUGCUGCAUUAAAUUUAUUAUCUUUAGGCCCACCAUUUCGACCCAGUAAAACUGAAUCAAACAUUGUUGGUGAGCUUAACAUUGAUCAUAUUGUGAAGGAGAGACAUGAGAUACAGAGGAGAUUGUGGUCCAGGCUGAAUGUUGCUGAAGUGGUUGAGGGGAUACUAAGGGAAAGAAAUCCAAAUGCCAAGUGCCUUUGCUGGAAACUUCUUGUCUGUUUCCAGAUGAAUGACACAGGGAGGAAUGGAUCACUACAGAGAAGCCAAAUCAACCAUUUUGCAGGGAGAUGGUUGCUCAACAAGCUUAUGGGUGUCAGGAAGGAAGUUGAUGAUGAACUGCUAGUUACCUUGCCAGGCGUAUCAAUAUGGAAGAAGUGGUCUAGUAGGCUAUCCGGAAGCCAUCCGACCUGUUGUUUAUCUGUCAUCAGAGACAUUGAAGUUGAUAAAUCAGAUGAUACAGCAGCUGGUGCAAGUUCCGUUCUUUUUCUUGUAUCAGAAAGCAUUCCAUUGGAGAUUCAAAAAGUUCAACUCCAUAACCUUAUUAUGUCUUUGCCUUGUGGUUCCCGCUUGCCACUGCUUAUCUUAAGUGGCAUGCUUGGAGAAGAGGAUCAUGAUCCUUCUCUCAGGGUAGUUAAUGGACUAGGACUUCAUGAUAUGGAUGAAGCAAGGAUAAAGAGCUUCUCGAUCAAAUUUCUAACAAAAGACCAGUCAAUGGAACAUGCUGACGAGUUUUUCAGCGAUGAUAACUUAGGAGAGGGCUUACAAUGGCUAGCGAGACAGUCACCUCCACAACCUGAUCUCCUUCGUGUUAAGACACGCGAAGUGGUCUUGACUCACUUGAAUGCUUCAUUAGAGGUUCUUGACAAGAUGAAUGUGUCUGAGGUGAGUCCAAACCAUUGUAUAUCUGUCUUCAAUGAAGCAUUGGAUCAAUCAGUAGAGGAGGUUACUUGUGCAGCUGAUACCAAUCCUGCCUGUUGGCCCUGUCCUGAGAUUGAUAUGCUUGAGGAAUCCAGCAAUGAGCAUAAGGCAGUGAACUGGUUUUUACCAAGCAUAGGGUGGAGUUCAGCUGCAAGAGUUGAGCCAAUUAAAAUUGCAAUUAAUGGCUGCAAGCUACCUCUUUUCCCUGAUGACUUGUCUUGGUUGGAUCGGGAUUUGCACACAGGAAAGGAGGUCCAAGAUCAGAAAUUAGAACUUGAGAAAUGCCUCACCAGAUAUCUGACUCAAUCAAGUAAGAUGAUGGAGUGGACACUGGCAGCAAGAGAGUCGAAUGUAAUGGUACAAAAAGGUGCUCGGUUAGUGCUCCAUGAUUCCUGCUACCAUAUAGUUCCUAGAUGGGUGGUGAUCUUUUGGCGAGUUUUCAACUGGAAACUAAUGAAUUUAAGCAGUGGGAUCUUCUCAGUAGCUUAUGUGUUGGAGCAUGAACAUGAAUCCUCUUUGAAAGAAAACAGCAUGGUUACUUCUCAGGUUGAAACUCCUGAAUUGGAAAUUGUAGAUAACUUGAGGUAUCAAAACGACACAUUACCACCAUAUUUUCUUAGCCAGCUAUCACUUGAUGAAAUGAUUGAAGUUGGCUGCAACUCACUUCCUUCUUGGAGGGACCGAUCAGAGUCUGAUCCUGUUCAUCAUCUCUCUGCAAUGGAAGCCAAUGUUAAUUUAGCUGUGGAGGCUACCACUGCCUCUGAUUUAGUGGAGGAUGUCCAGAUCCCUCGACAGGAUGGCGAAUUUGCUGAGACUGGCGAUACUUACACAUCAGAUGAGUUGAAUUACAGUAACCGUGAAGUAGCUGUAGUUAGAAAGGAGAAGGAACAGGCUGACAGAUUGAGCAAGUUGUUGGAGCAUUGUAACCUUUUGCAGGACAUGAUUGAUGAAAAGCUCUCUAUAUAUUUCUAAUAACCUGAUGUACUGAGAAUUUUUGUAUGCCGGUUAUAAUGCGAAUGUCGCAUGCAGUUAUGGUUCAUAACUCCACUUACAGGAUGUAUUCAAGGUGGUGUCCAAGUAUGCCCAGAGAUGUUUCUACAUUAACAAGUUUUUCUGUUGGGAUUUGACCCCAUAUUACUGUAGAGUCAUCAGUUUGUUGUUCUAUUUUAGAGAACAUUCUCACUGAACAUGUUUCACAGAUCAGAAAAGAAAUUUGUAUCUUCAAGCUA